UGGCGAUAUCGGCGUGGACCAGCCGAGGGCCGCUGGCCGCAGAGGGCUGCUGCUCACGGCUUCAAUUGUGACCUGCAGAGUGAGGGCGGCGGGUGUGUCAGUCUCCCUCUAGUGCCUCCAACACCUGACAGUGCCACUCUUAGUGCCCCUCCAACACUCCUGCAGAGAGUGCGUGUGCCACUCUUAAGUGUGGCUCCCCUCUUAACACACCUCGGGAUUAUUCACUAUACUCCUUCACCAUGAAGAAACAAAUUAUGUUCAAGCACUCGUUACCUCAGUCUCCCUGCAGGGACCACAAGUUAAGAGACGUGAGAAUAUUUGGCUUGCAAAAACAUGAAGAGUCAACUACAGCACUGAAUUCAUACCCAUACUCAAGUUACAAACACACAGACUUGCAAGACUGCAAACGUGCAAAAGGAUAUAGGCACUCAACAUUGGGAGAAUACACACACACAAACCUAGAAGACCAUAGUCGAAGAAACUUUGAAGAAAACGAAGUCAUCACUCGGGAGGGACUAAGACAAGCCGGGUUGGAAGACUACAUAAGCUCAGCAUCUAAAGACCGUACACCAUUGGGGCUGGAGAACAACUUCGGUCAGACAGGUGCCGAAGACCUGGAAGUUGUGGAAACCCUCCUUUCAUUCUCACAACAUGAAAUGAGAUGGAACGGUUCAGUGUGUGGGAGCGGCGUGCUGGAUCUGCCCCCCUCGCCGCCAUCCUCACACGGAGGCAUCUCCCCUCGCCAUCCCCUCGAGUAUGACGUGGAGGAGUCUUGUGAUCCACCUGUAUUUACCAGGAAAAGAAUUUUGAAAGAGCCAGAAUUUGCCAAGAUGUUCAUGAAUGAGACCCCGCCUCACACACCGUGUACGCCACCCCGCUCCCCCAGUCCUGCACUGUGUAGCUUCACCUCGAGAGCAUCCACGCCUGGGUUGGUGUCCGGGGUCCCCGUCUCCGUCAUCGUCAAAGCAGAUAGAUGGCAGCUACAGGAACCAAGAUGUGAAAGAACCCGUACAUUGGCAGAACGUAAAAUGUACGAUAACUGUGAUUUUGAAUACAAGGAGGAGGAAGAGGAAAAAUGGGGUUUUGAGGAUGAAAGCCAAUCAUUGUCAGUGACUCCAACUUACAGCAGCAACAGUGGCCAACUUUGUCCUCCUCCUCGCAGUGUUAACACGGCUCAGGAACAAAUCUUUGUGCACAACAAAGACACAGAUCGUGGAGUUAAAGGGGCAGCAUCUGCCAGCGACAAUAAGCGCUACAUAGUACCUGUUCAACAACCUCCUCAUGAAGCCACAAAUAAAAAUGCCUCGGUCUCUAGAGCACCGAGCAUUAGCAAUAAGCUUGUGGCAAUUGCACCAAAGAUGCCGUCUGUGAUUCCAGUAAGCACUGGUAGCAAAGUAUUUCUGGCACAUAUUAAUGGGUCUCCUGCUGUAAUCCCUACCACAGGUGCUGGUAUUACUCACUUAAUUGUAACCACUCCGGGAACUAAUGGGGGUGCUGCUGUCUCCCAGGUUCUGUCACCGAUCCUAGUAUCGACAGCGGCAUCACAAACUCCACAGGAAGACAGAAAAAGAGCAUUUAAGUGUAUAUUUAAAGGCUGUGAUAAAACGUACUACAAAUCGUCUCAUCUCAAAUCCCAUAUGAGGUCCCACACAGGGGAAAAACCUUAUCAAUGCUCAUGGGAAGGCUGUGAAAGACGCUUUGCCAGAUCAGAUGAAUUAUCCCGUCAUAAGAGAACACAUACAGGGGAGAAAAAGUUUGAAUGUACUUCGUGCAACACAAAGUUCAUGCGCUCUGAUCACUUGGCUAAACACAUGAAGAGACACACUCGCCGACGGAUUGGGGUUCCCGUGGCUCCAAAAGUAUCAACCUUGGCACCUGCUAUCAGCUUCAUAGCAGUGCCAAGUCAACCCCAGUGACCUGAUCUCAUCUCAAUCACAUAAAAAAUAAUGUCAUUUAAAUUGUGCUAUGCUUGUGAGGAUAUUCAAGCAGCAAAGUAUAUAAGACCUGUACAGUAACUGGAUAUUACUAUUGACUAACAAAAAACAAAUAUAUAUGUUUUCUUUAUGAUGUAUGUUUUGUAAUAGCCAUCAAAUUCUGUGGUUUAAAUUGGGCUUGAAGGUCAAAUGAAUGCUUUAAUUGAUGAUAAAUAUUUAGUAUUAAAAGUGAAAUAUAAUUUCAUUACCGUAUUCAUGAGAUUUUGUUGAAUUAUAAAGUUACAGUGGAGAAGGUCUGACACACUGCUGUUAAAUUUAUAAUAGUUGAGGUACAUGACUGAGCAGGUGACUUUUCUAUACAAUUCCAGUGUGGAUGAUGAUGCUUGUAUCAUGCAAUUUAUAUAUUUAUAAAUGCAUGCCAAUCAAGUGAAAGAUUACCUUAUUUACACAAAAGAAAUGUGGUUUGUAUUUUUUGUAUGAAAUGUGAAGUGUAGGUGUAAAACAUGUUUAGGUCAAGAUUUUGCUGCUAUUUACAACUUUUCGGUUUAAAAUGGCCUCGUCACAUUCAAACUUUUCAGUCCAUGUCUAUUGUGCUCUUCUAAAGCGUACCAAAUUUAUUGUGAUAAUAUAUAUUUAUUUCAUGUUUACUGUUAUACAUGUGAUUGAAAUCACAUCCAAAGAUGUAAUAUUUUAUAUUCUUUAUAAUACAAAACCCUUAUGGGAUGAAAAUAAAAUUGAAUUAUAUUAA